AUGGAUAUAGCAACAGGUCCCGAGUCGCUGGAGCGGUGCUUCCCCCGCGGGCAGACGGACUGCGCCAAGAUGCUGGACGGCAUCAAGAUGGAGGAGCACGCGCUGCGCCCCGGGCCCGCCACGCUGGGGGUGCUGCUGGGCUCCGACUGCCCGCAUCCCGCCGUGUGCGAGGGCUGCCAGCGGCCCAUCUCCGACCGCUUCCUGAUGCGAGUCAACGAGUCGUCCUGGCACGAGGAGUGUUUGCAGUGCGCGGCGUGUCAGCAGGCCCUCACCACCAGCUGCUACUUCCGGGAUCGCAAACUCUACUGCAAACAAGACUACCAACAGCUCUUCGCAGCCAAGUGCAGCGGCUGCAUGGAGAAGAUCGCCCCCACCGAGUUCGUGAUGCGGGCGCUGGAGUGCGUGUACCACCUGGGCUGCUUCUGCUGCUGCGUGUGUGAGCGGCAGCUCCGCAAGGGCGACGAGUUUGUGCUCAAGGAGGGCCAGCUGCUGUGCAAGGGCGACUACGAGAAGGAGAAGGACCUGCUCAGCUCCGUGAGCCCCGACGAGUCUGACUCCGUAAAGAGCGAGGACGAGGACGGGGACAUGAAGCCCGCCAAGGGGCAGGGCAGCCAGAGCAAGGGCAGCGGGGACGACGGGAAGGACCCCAGGAGGCCCAAGCGACCCCGGACCAUCCUCACCACGCAGCAGCGAAGAGCCUUCAAGGCCUCCUUCGAGGUCUCCUCCAAGCCCUGCCGGAAGGUCCGGGAGACACUGGCGGCGGAGACGGGCCUCAGCGUGCGUGUGGUCCAGGUCUGGUUUCAGAACCAAAGAGCAAAGAUGAAGAAGCUGGCGAGGCGGCACCAGCAGCAGCAGGAGCAGCAGAACUCGCAGCGGCUGGGCCAAGAGGUCCUGUCAAGCCGCAUGGAGGGCAUGAUGGCCUCCUACACACCGCUGGCCCCGCCGCAGCAGCAGAUCGUGGCCAUGGAGCAGAGCCCCUAUGGCAGCAGCGACCCCUUCCAGCAGGGCCUCACGCCACCCCAAAUGCCAGGUGACCACAUGAACCCCUAUGGGAACGACUCCAUCUUCCACGACAUCGACAGCGAUACCUCCUUAACCAGCCUCAGCGACUGCUUCCUCGGCUCCUCAGACGUGGGCUCCCUGCAGGCCCGCGUGGGGAACCCCAUCGACCGGCUCUACUCCAUGCAGAGUUCCUACUUCGCCUCCUGAGAACCAGCCGGCCGCACGGACGCUUGGGCAGGGGUCCAGGGUGGGACUGCGGCCUCGCCACCCCGGCCCCGCCACAGACUACAGACAGCCAUACGGUGCCCUCC